AUGGGAUCUAUUGUGCAAUCCACUUUGCCGUCUGAUUUUCUUUGGGGGUUUGCGACGGCGGCUUAUCAAAUUGAGGGUGGUGCGUAUGAGGAUGGUCGUGGACCUUCGAUUUGGGAUAAGUUCUGCAAGAUCCCUGGCAAGAUCGCUGGUGGCGGAUCGGGCGAUGUGGCGUGCGACUCGUAUCAUCGAACACACGAGGAUAUUGCCCUUUUGAAGACAUGCGGUGCUCAGGCAUACAGAUUCUCGGUAUCAUGGCCUCGGAUCAUUCCGCUCGGUGGCCGCAACGACCCCAUCAACAAAAAAGGGAUUCAAUUCUACCAGAAAUUCGUGGACGAUCUCCUUGAUGCAGGAAUCACGCCAAUGGUCACUUUAUUCCAUUGGGAUAUCCCUGAGGAAUUGGACAGACGCUACGGUGGAUUGUUGAACAAGGAAGAAUUUGUCGCCGAUUUUUCACACUACGCCCGAAUUAUGUUCCACGCCUUUGGCUCCAAGGUCAAGCAUUGGAUCACAUUCAACGAGCCAUGGUGUAGCAGUGUUCUGGGUUAUAAUCUCGGAGUCUUUGCACCAGGUCGCACAAGCGAUCGCACCAAAAGUGAUGUUGGCGACGGAUCAACAGAGCCUUGGAUUGUGGGCCAUAAUAUUCUGCUUGCACACGGGUCAGCAGUUAAGAUUUACCGUGACGAGUUCAAAGCACAUGAUGGCGGUGAAAUCGGCAUCACCCUGAACGGUGACUGGGCGGAUCCAUGGGAUCCAGAAAAUCCAGCCGACAUUGAAGCCUGCGAUCGCAAGAUCGAAUUCGCCAUCUCCUGGUUUGCCGAUCCAAUUUAUCACGGAAAGUAUCCGGAUAGCAUGAUAAAGCAACUAGGUGAUCGGCUGCCGACAUGGACACCCGAGGAAAUCGCGCUCGUUCAGGGUAGCAAUGAUUUUUACGGAAUGAACCACUACUGCGCCAACUUCAUCCGCGCCAAAACAGGGGAGCCCGAGCUUGACGAUAUUGCUGGAAACCUAGAGCUUCUUCUCGAAGAUAAAUAUGGUCACAGCGUCGGGCCUAUCACACAGUCACCUUGGCUAAGACCGUGUGCACUAGGUUUCCGAAAGCUACUCAAGUGGCUCAGUGAACGCUAUGGUUAUCCCAAAAUCUAUGUUACAGAGAACGGGACUAGUGUACUGGGCGAGAACGAUAUGCCUCUCGACCAGCUGCUCGAGGAUGAUUUCCGCGUGCAAUACUUCCGGGACUACAUUGGCGCCAUGGCAGAUUCAUACACCAUUGAUGGGGUAAACGUCCGUGCGUAUAUGGCCUGGAGCCUGAUGGACAACUUUGAGUGGGCAGAAGGCUACGAAACUCGCUUCGGUGUGACCUUUGUUGACUAUGAGAAUGACCAGAAGCGGAUUCCGAAGAAGAGUGCCAGGUCCAUCAGUGGGAUUUUUGAAACGCAUAUUGAAAAGGUGUAA